AUGUCCAGGUCCAACAGUGUCAGCCCUCCCGGAGCCGCUGCUCCCGGGCUGAGGGGAGGGACCGAGCACAGGUCCGCCUGGGGAGAGUCUGAGUCCGGGGCCAACGGGUGCCCAUACUCAGCCAGAUCCCCGAGCAAGAAGCUCACCAGGACCAGCAGUCGGUGGAGGGAGGACGAUGAUCUGGAGCACCGGCAGCCCGGGAGAGGAGCCACCACCACCACCACCACCACAGUCAGCAGGGUCAGCUUCAGGUCCCGGUCGGCUUGGCAGGACCAUGGUGAGGACAGAAACAGAGCAGAUGGCGGGGUGCGACCCAAGUCUGUGGAGCUAGGUCUGGAGGAGCGGAGGGCCAAGCAGGAGGAGCAGGAGGAGCAGGAGGAGCAGGUCAUGCCCGAGGUUCACGUCUCCUUCUCUGCGUGCUGCUCCAACAUCAUGCACAUCUUCAAAUCCAAGAAGUUCCAGUCGGAGAAGCUGGAGCGGCUCUACCAGAGGUACUUCUUCCGCCUGAACCAGAGCAGCCUGACCAUGCUCAUGGCGGUGCUGGUCCUGGUCUUCACCGUCAUGCUGGGCUUCCACUGCUCCGGCCCGGUGAGGCCCAGCAUCACCUACCUGGUGGUGUUCUCCGGGUCCAUCCUCCUCACUCUGGUCCUCAUGGUGGUCUGCAACCGCAACGGGUUCCACCAGGACCACAUGUGGAUGGUGUGCUACGUGGUCAUCCUGCUGGUGCUGGUGGUGCAGGUGAUCGGGGUUCUGCUGGUGCGGCCCCGCAGCGCCUCUGAGGGGGUCUGGUGGACCGUGUUCUUCAUCCAUGUCAUCUACACGCUGCUGCCCGUCAGGAUGCGCGCCGCGGUCAUCACUGGAGUUAUUCUGUCCGCAGUCCAUGUGGCCGUGUCCUGGGUGCUGAACGGCGUGGACAGCUUUCUGUGGAAGCAGAUAGUGUCCAACGUGCUGAUCUUCUCCUGCACCAACAUCGUGGGGGUUUGCACCCAUUACCCCGCCGAGGGUUCCCAGAGGCAGGCCUUCCAGGAGACCAGGGAGUGCAUCCAGGCCCGCCUGCACUCGCAGAGAGAGAACCAGCAGCAGGAACGUCUCUUGCUCUCAGUGCUUCCCCGACACGUUGCCAUGGAGAUGAAAGCAGACAUAAACGCCAAGCAGGAGGACAUGAUGUUUCACAAGAUCUACAUCCAGAAGCACGACAACGUCAGCAUCUUAUUUGCAGACAUUAAAGGUUUCACCAGCCUGGCGUCUCAGUGCACAGCUCAGGAGCUGGUGAUGACCCUCAACGAGCUGUUUGCACGCUUUGACAAGCUGGCAGCGGAGAACCACUGUCUGAGGAUAAAGAUCCUAGGAGACUGUUACUACUGUGUGUCUGGUCUGCCAGAGGCCAGAGCCGACCACGCCCACUGCUGCGUGGAGAUGGGGAUGGACAUGAUCGAGGCCAUCUCGCUGGUCCGUGAGGUCACCGGGGUCAACGUCAACAUGCGGGUCGGCAUCCACAGCGGCCGGGUGCACUGCGGCGUGCUCGGACUCAGGAAGUGGCAGUUUGACGUCUGGUCCAACGACGUCACGCUGGCCAAUCAGAUGGAGGCCGGAGGUCAAGCCGGGCGUAUCCACAUCACCAAGGCCACCCUGAACUAUCUGAACGGAGACUACGACGUGGAGGACGGAGCAGGCGGAGAGAGGAACGCCUACCUGAAGAAGCACAACAUAGAAACCUACCUCAUUGUGGGCUGCAGUCAGAAACGGAAAGAGGAGAAGGCGAUGAUCGCCAAGAUGAACCGACAGAGGACCAACUCCGUCACACACAACAGCGGCCACUGGACCGACCGGCCGUUCUACAACCACCUGGGCGGAAACCAGGUCUCCAAGGAGAUGAAGAGGAUGGGCUUUGAAGACCCCAAAGACAAAAACACGCAGGAGAACCUGAACCCGGAGGACGAGGUGGACGAGUUCCUGGGCCGAGCCAUCGACGCUCGCAGCAUCGACCGUCUGCGCUCCGAACACGUCAAGAAGUUCCUGCUCACCUUCAGAGAGCCCGACCUGGAGAAGAAGUACUCCAAACAGGUGGACUCCAGGUUCGGGGCCUACGUGGCCUGCGCCUCCCUCGUCUUUCUCUUCAUCUGCUGCAUCCAGAUCGUCAUCGUUCCAUCCUCCAGUCUGAUGAUCGGCUUCUUCGUCACCUGUCUCGUCGUCCUGACGGCCGUGAUGUUCGUCUCCACGGUGUACUGCUGUUUUGGGCUCUUCCCCGUCGCUCUGCAGACUCUCUCUAAGAGGAUCGUCCAGUCCAGACUGAACAGCACCCUGGUGGGCGUCUUCACCAUCAUCGUCGUCUUUCUGUCUGCGUUCGUCAACAUUUUCACCUGCAGCAGCCUGGACCUGCGGAGCUGCAUCAGGGCGGAGCUUAACCUCAGCGAGGCCGUGGUGACCGCGUGUCACGCCCGCCUCCUCAACUUCAGCCUGGACGCUCAGCUCAGCCCGUGUGGAGACGACGCCCUCAUCUGCAGCUUACCUGAGUACUUCUCGUCCUGUGUGCUGCUCAGCCUGCUGGCCUGCUCCGUCUUCCUGCAGAUCAGCAGCAUCGGGAAGCUCUUCCUCAUGCUCUUCAUCGAGCUGCUCUACCUCCUCAUCAUGGAGGUGCCCAAAGUCAGCCUCUUCGACAACCAGGACCUGCUGGUGAUGGCCAACGCCAUCGACGUCGCCUGUGUGGUGGACUCCAAGGUUCCUCUGAAGAUCAUGACCCCGGUGGUCAUCACCGUCUUCGUUCUCGCCCUCUACCUUCACGCCCAGCAGGUGGAGUCCACGGCCAGACUGGACUUCCUCUGGAAGCUGCAGGCCACAGAGGAGAAGGAGGAGAUGGAGGAGCUUCAGGCCUACAACCGCCGUCUGCUCCACAACAUCCUCCCCAAAGACGUGGCCGCCCACUUCCUGCAGCGCGAGCGCCGCAACGACGAGCUCUACUACCAGUCGUGCGAGUGCGUGGCCGUCAUGUUCGCCAGCAUCAGCAACUUCUCCGAGUUCUACGUGGAGCUGGAGGCCAACAACGAGGGCGUGGAGUGUCUGAGGCUGCUCAACGAGAUCAUCGCCGACUUUGAUGAGAUCAUCAGCGAGGACCAGUUCCGCCAGCUGGAGAAGAUCAAGACCAUCGGCUCCACCUACAUGGCGGCUUCCGGCCUCAACGACUCGACGUACGAUAAGGCCGGACGCUCGCACAUCCGCGCUCUGGCGGACUACGCCAUGAGGAUGAUGGACCAGAUGAAAUACAUCAACGAGCACUCCUUCAACAACUUCAAGAUGAAGAUCGGUCUGAACAUCGGCCCCGUGGUUGCCGGGGUGAUCGGCGCCAGGAAGCCUCAGUACGACAUCUGGGGAAACACGGUGAACGUGGCGAGUCGCAUGGACAGCACGGGCGUACCGGAGAAGAUCCAGGUGACGGCGGACAUGUACCAGGUACUGAGCUCCUAUAACUACACACUGGAAUACAGAGGAUUAGUCACAGUCAAGGGCAAAGGAGAGAUGAUGACCUACUUCCUCACCAGUGGACCCCCCAGCAGUUAA